AUGACAGGUCUACCAGAAGAGCUCCUACAAUGGCUUUUCACCCCUUCGGCCCUUUACCACACGCCAUCCCAGGUGGAUGGGUAUGGCCUGCAUCAGGAGCUCGUCGAGCGCGCAAGAGGCAUCGAGUUCCUCUUCCGGGUCGGGCUGCAACUGGGGAUGCACCAGCAUACCAUGUCCGCCGCCGCAGUGUAUUUCCACCGGUUCUACAUGCGAUACUCAUUCGUUGACUACCACCGUUUCGAAAUAGCUGCCACUUGCCUCUUCCUUGCAGGCAAGACGGAAGAAAACCUGCGUAAGCUGCACGACGUCGCUGGCGCGGUGAUCAUCAAGCUGCACCGGUCCUCCUCCAGCUCGCAGAACACGACAGACCUUCUCAAAGCGCACGAACGGGAAGUUGCGCGCUUCGAGCACCUUAUAGCUGUUUACGAGCUUUUGCUGGCCGAUGCGCUCGCGUUUGAUCUCGAGGUUUCGCAUGUUCAGGGCAUACUCGUGAUCGCACUUGAUGCGCUGCUUGCACCGGAGGAAGUGGCAGACCUAGCGUGGACAAUAGCGAACGACGCACUCUACACGCCGCUCUGUGUGCUCCAGAGUGCGGAGAUCAUUGCCGCCGCUUGCUAUCUUCUCGCUCUAGCACUCCUGCAGCAACCCUCCCUCCCCUGGGAGCAAUACCUCGCCCCUCUUUCCUCCCCUAGCCUGGAGCAAGAAAGAUGGCGCUCGGCAUUCAGGCUUUCGAGCUCCGAUAUGCUAGGAGUAAGGGACAGCAUCUCCGUCCUGCUCGAGUUCUGGACAUCGCUCGACGAGGACACCCGAAAACAGUUCAACUCAAAGUUGGAAGAUAUUCCCCUGCAUGUGAAGCACCUCACCCGGCCGGAAGAAGGGAGAACACUGGCGUCGUACGCUCCUAGUAUGAACCCGAGGAAUGGAGAAAACGGUACGAAUGGGAUUGGUGGGGAAGGCACGCCCUGGCAGAGCCAGGGAUCUGGGACGCCCUGGGCCGAGGGGAAGGGCAGCCCAUUUGCUAUGACUGCACCUUCGAUGCCGACGUCCCAGAGCUAUGAAGAGGGAGAGGAAGGUGAGGACCGGGCACCGAUGGAGACGAGGACGCCUAUGGGGAGGGGGUCGCCGUGGGUUACUACGCCCUCUGCAUAA